AUGGUACCCGAUGGUGCCCUGGAUGUGGAUGUGCAUGGGCCGGACAAGAAGCGUCAAAAGCUGGCCGACGUCCUCGUGGAAACGCGUGGGAUGGACCCCAUCGGGCAGUCGACCGAUGCCGCCACCGCCGAAGCAUUGGCUGCAGAAGGCUUGGUGGACUUGGCGUCAGUGAAGACCGUGGCUGGCGGUCGAUGCCUACGCCCAUACCAAUGGAAGUUUGGGACCCUGGCAGCAGUGGCCACGGCACAGGGCUCAGCCGGUGAUGAUAUGACAAGGGACGGCAAUGAGGUGGCCAUCGACUCAGAGUCUGAGGGCAUGGAGGAAGAGGAGGAGAAGGAGGAGGAGGAGGAGGAGAAGGAGGAGGAGAAGGAGAAGGAGAAGGAGGAGGAGGAGAAGGAGCCGGGUGCACACUCUGUUGGCAAAGAUGGGGUUCCUGAACGGGCUUCCUUGGGCAGAGCUGGUACAGGAGAAGGCAACGCCUUGGCUUCUGCUGAGCGACGUGUGGCCAGGGCUGCUCCGGCUUAUUUUGCAGAGGCGAGUCUAGCAAUGUUAGAAAUCGCCGAGGGGAAGCUGUACAGCUUCGCGGGGCAUGCCAGUUUUCAAGACUACAUAAGGAAAUCUUCGGCAGUGCUUGGGUUUGGCUUGCGCCAGGCCAGGAACCUGAUUGCAGCGGCACGCGUCAUACGAAACCUCCCGGCAGAUGUAGCCCGCCCAAGCAAUGAGAGGCAGGUGCGGCCAUUGGUGGGCUGUCAUCCUGAUGUCCAGCUGAAGGUAUGGGUGCUGGCACUAGAACGGGCUGAUGGUGAUACGAGGCAUGAGGAUGCGUUGUCGCUGCAGUAUGGCGGCCUGCCGGUGAUCACGCGAAGUGAUACAUGUGAAUGGUACACACCAGAUUUCAUCUUGGACCUGGUGCGUGAGCUGUUCACACCAGGCUGCAUCGACCUGGACCCGUGUUCUUGUGCCGCUGCAAACACGCGGGUCCGGGCCACUUCCUUUUACGAUGAGGCGACGGAUGGACUGGCAGAGGGCAAUGCAUGGCGAGGGAAUGUGUUUCUCAACCCUGCUUUUGGUGUACGGAGAGGGCAGAGCCUCCAAGAGCUAUUUUUUGGAAGAUGCAAGCGGGAGUAUCAGGCGGGGAAUGUGAGGCAGGCCGUGGUGCUAUUGAAGGCAGGUAUUGGCUGCAGCUGGUUCAAUGAUGUGCUGAACUGGCCAGUGUGCUUUCUCCGGGAGCGCCUUUCGUUCGUCCGGCAGGUGGGCACUAGUGAUGAGCUUCAAUGGGGAGCCCGUGCGCUGAAUCCACACGGCAGUGUCAUUGCCUAUAUGGGCCCUGCCGUUGAAAGGUUUGCCACCUUGUUUAGCCGCAUUGGGAGCGUGCCAGGCAUGAACUCGUGGGCACAUGUCAGGCCUGUCCUCCGACGGUAG